GCAGCCGCAGAAUGCGAAGGAGGUUGCGCUGAACAGCAUCAAUUGUCAAGAGGCCUGGACCUUUCUCUAUCGCCUAUGUAGAGAUGGGGAGAAAAAGAAGGUGGACCCUGAGAUCCUGGCAUCAUGGAGAGCUGGUGGCCCCGCCCGCUCAAAGCUCCUUUCCGACUUUGUGCGCAAGGUCUACAACAAGGAAGUGGACCACACGACCAACAGAGCUCGGCUGGAGACAAAGAUUCAGGGCGCAAUUCAACAUUGUACCAAGAAAAAGCUCACAAAGCAGUGUCUCUAUGAGAAGGUCACCAAGCAAGGCUCUGAGAAAAUGAAGGAGUUGGAGGAGCUGAUGAACGGAAGUGGCUUCUUCAAUGAAAACUUCAGCUUUGGAUUGGGAGAUGUCAUGGAGCUGAGCGAUGAUGAGGGGGUGGAUGUUCCUGGUCCUGAGCCAAAGCCAAAACCAAAGCCGGGCGUCCUAGUUGCUAAAUACAAGAAGGCCUUGUUGAACCGCAGGGCAGUUUUCAAGGAGACCUCAGAGAAGUGGCACAAGGAAACACCUGGCUCUGGAAAGCUAUUUGAACAAAUUCAUCAAUUUUUGAACUUUUGUUCAUUAGUGAUUCCAAAAGUAGACAUUCUCUUUUGGCGACCGCCUGCUAUCAUUGCUUGA